AAACAAAGCCAAAAUCAGAACAGUCCUAGGAGUCUAGGACUGCUACUGCACUGUAUAAUUGCAUAAAAUAUAAAAGCAAGUGAUAGCUACAAAAUGUACAAGCCUCCGGCUGUGAAAGCUGGGAGGAUUACAACUAUGGGUAUUUUGAAAGACUAUAAAAAAAAACAGAAAAGGAAGAGAUAUUUUGAAAGACGAUAUAAUGCCGGCACAUCUUAGACAUGCCAUCAUCCUAUGUUGUUGCACAGGACCAUAACUUUUCUCCUAAGCAUUCACCUACUUGGCAUUGGAGCAAGUCAUUAAGUACACUACUCAACUGCCUGCAGUGUAGAGCAGAUUUGAAGUAGUCUCUGUUUAGGGAAAAUCAGAUUUCCUGAGUUCCUCCAAAACAAAGCAACCCAAGAGAUUCUUUGAUCUAAUCAUCUAUGCCGGCACACAGGUGAUCUGGAUCUUGACCUCCUUCCCCUGCCAAAUAAUUUUUAAUAAGUUGAACUUGACAGCCUGUGAAGUAAAAGGUUUGAAAGCUAAAGCCUUUCACCUGAGUUGCAUUUGGUUAUGAUGAUGGUUGAGUAUGCCUCAAAAACAUUAACACAAUCUAAUUUUAUUGACUGCAUGGUGACAUACCUGCUACUGGUAGUAUCAAGAGAAGAAUAGGGAGAAUGCCUGCGCUGAGAAUGCUUGCUAUGUGGUGACGGCGAAACUUGUCUAAAAAUGAAAACAUUCAUCACACUAACUUGGUGAGUUCAAUAUAUACAAGUUGAGAGAAUUGCUUAGCCUUGUACAAGUUGGACUCAACAAGAAGAAGUUAGUUAUAGUAUAAUCAUCAUCUCUUCGCUUCCAAUGGCACAAAGAUCUAUUACUGAACACCACCAAGUAUCACAAAGAAAAGGAGCAUACAACCAAAUCCUUAAAAUAACGGCAAUCAACAAUAUAUAUCUCGACUCAUUGAACAACAAUAUUAUUAGAUAUUCCUAGUUUUACUUAACAGAAUUCAAGUCCAUCCAAAACAGAGAAAAAUCGAGAAAAACUAGUGAAAGGAAAAAAGAAACUCUAGUUUUUGAA